UGUUGUAACUUGUUGUCAUUCAGACCGAGCGUAAUGCGAAAGGUGCCGGUUCCUGGAGGCACGGAAGGAACCGGCACCAAACGUCCGGCAAGCCCUGUUUCUUCAUCCUCUCGACUUCCGCCAAUUCGCUGGCAGAAUCCAGAUCCUCCUUGCUCAGUGCAUCCUUUAUAACUAUGUUUAAUGGCCCCUCGGAGUCUAGACAUAUGUACAAGUCAAUACUGUACUUGCUCACCUCAUGCUCAAUGCUAUAGACCUGCUUGACUUGCCGAGCUGACUUUGAAACCGGCCUAUGUGACGUUUGCUCGACUUUUGUGGGGUGCCACUGAUUAUAGCGGAAUACCAUCAACUCGCCAAGUAAUAUCGCUUCGAGAUGAAGAAAAAAGUACUAUUAAUGGGAGCGUCUGGUAGUGGAAAGACUUCCAUGCGGUCUAUGAUAUUCUCCAACAACCCAGCGUCCCUCACCUCACGUCUUGGCGCAACAAUUGACGUCGAGCAGAAUCAUGUCCGCUUCCUGGGCGAUCUCAUUCUCAAUCUUUGGGAUUGUGGUGGACAAGAUGCAUUCAUGGAUUCAUACUUGAGUACGCAACGCUCAGUCAUCUUCUCGCACGUCGGGGUCAUGAUUUAUGUCUUCGACGUCGAGUCCCGUGAAAUGGAGAAGGAUCUAGAGUAUUAUCGAGAUUGCCUGGAUGGAUUAUCGCAGUUCAGCAAGGACGCCAACGUGUUUCUCUUGGUGCACAAAAUAGACCUGGUGAGGGAUACCGAACGGAAUGCGGUCGUGCAACGCAAGGCGGCAGAACUUGAGAAAGCCAGCGGCGAGACAUCAGUGAAGGUGUUUGGGACGAGUAUCUAUGAUGAGAGUCUUUACAAAGCAUGGUCAAAUAUUGUGAACACGUUAAUUCCCAACGCUCGUAACCUCUCGAAACACCUCCGUAUCUUCGCUGAAGCUUGCAGUGCGACUGAGGUGAUAUUAUUUGAACGCACCACCUUCCUCGUCAUCGCAACGUCUUCGCGAACGGACUCCUCCGAUGCUUUCCCCUCCGGCCCUGUUGUCCUUCACGCACUGGAUCCAAAGCGAUAUGAAAGGACUUCAGAACUCAUCAAAGCCUUCAAACAGUCAUGCUCACGGCUCAGGGAGGAAUUCCGCUCGCUUGAAAUGGAACUGGCAGAGUUCACUGCUGUGCUUGAUGAAAUGACCAAAAAUACCUACGUGUUGGUUGUAGUCCAUGACCCAGUUAUCGAGACGGCAGCCAUUAAGAUGAACAUCUGUAUGGCGCGCAAGAAAUUCGAAGAACUUCAGGGAGACAGCCUCAUCUCAGAAAAGUGAAGGUCCACAUUUGCGGGGUGGCACAUAAAGAAAUAGGUGGCACAGAAAUCAGUUUGUUGGUAGCUGCUUUGACCCCCCGCCGUCAAAGGGACUUAGGAGAGAGCUGUAGGGAGAGGCGUCAGGAAAUAUUGGCCGCCAAUAAUCACGAUCAUGAAUAGUAUCUCAGGUUACCCAAAAUGCAAUGGCGAUGACCAAAUAGAGGGUAAGGAGCAUGAGACCUUCCAUAUAAUUCGAUCUUCCGUCCAUGAUUAAUAGGUUGACAAGGAAGACAGAUACAAAAAGAA